AUCACCUGUUUUUCCACAAAGAUAAGUGUUAUUACCUAUAAGCAGCAGUUAAAAAUGGCUUCCAAGACUUUGAUUCUUUUGGGUGUCUUUGCAUUUCUUCUCGUCGUCUCAGAAAUGACCGCAGCAUCUGUACGACAGUCGGGCACAGUGAACUCAGAGAGUAAGGAAACUGUGCAACCUGAUGGCCGUGGGGGAUACAACAGGGGAGGAGGAUACAACGGAGGUGGAGGACACAACGGCGGUGGAGGAUACAACGGAGGUGGAGGACACAACGGCGGUGGAGGAUACAACGGAGGUGGAGGACACAACGGCGGUGGAGGAUACAACGGCGGUGGAGGACACAACGGAGGUGGAGGAUACAACGGAGGUGGAGGACACAACGGUGGUGGAGGAUACAACGGCGGAGGAGGAUACAACAAAGGUGGAGGAUACAAAGGAGGAAGAGGAGGCCACGGGGGACACGGAGGAAGAGGAGGCCACGGAGCAGAAGUUGUUGAGACUCAGACUGGUCACUAAAUAAUAUAUUAACCAUACCAUGCAUGAUUACAUCUAUGUAUACGCCUAUGUGUGUAUGAUUAUAAUAUACCAUGCCAUGGUGAGUUUGUAAUGAAGUUACUCAGGUUAAGAAAAUAAAUUAUGAGAAUAAAGUUACAUAAUGUAAUGUCUCUAUGUUCGAGUUGUAAGUUUCGCUCUUUGCUAAAUAAUAUCGUUUGUAGUUUCAUGUUAUUCCCUAUUGAAAAAAAAAUGUUAUUCCC